CUUAAAUACGAGAAGGAGCAGACUGAAUAAACUGGAAGCAGGCUUUGAAUUCUUUCUUGCAAGUCUAGUCUCUUCAAUCAUCGUAAAAAUGAUUAUCCCCUUCAUUACUGCCGCCGCCGUCCUUGCCACAGCUGUACAAGCCCACUUCCAGAUGCAAUAUCCUAUUCCACGAGGUCCUUUCGUCGAAGACUCAGAACCAACGUUCUGUGACGGUUACAACGAUGCUGUAAAUAACCGUACCGUAUUCCCCUUUAGUAACGGGAUCAUCAACAUGAACAGCGAACAUCCGUUGUGGACAGCGGAGGUCCUCAUCUCGACAUAUCAAGACCCAAAUAACUUUAGCUAUUUUAAUUCUAGCUCUGGUUAUCAGGUUGUAGUUCCAUUCUUCCAGCAAAGCGGGGAGGGAUUGUACUGUUUCCCUAUCGAUAUCGCUGCUGCAGCAGUGAAUGUGUCCGGAAUUCAAGAUGGCGCGAAUGUUACCAUCCAGGUUCUCUUUAAUGGCGGUGACGGUAAUCUCUACCAGUGUGCAGACUUGACUUUAUCUGCUAACUUGACGGUUCCGCCGGCUAACGCCUCAUCCGGUUGCACGAACGUAUCAUCUUCUACGACUUCUACUAAGAGCAGUGCUGGUAAAGGGGUAGAAGUUGGAACAGGAAUCAUCGUUGCAGGAGUGCUUAGCAUGGCGAUGAUGCUACUUUCUGCUCUGUGAAAGGGUAGUAAACGGCAUCUUCUCGAGCAGGAUCUCAAUGGCCCACGUAAUUUCAAUUGAAUUGAAGUUUACAUAAACUCAACUCAACAUCUUGGCGGCUUUUGCUUAUGUAAUUUAUAUUGGAUGACUAAUCCAUGUCCAUUGAAAGAUA